AUGGCGCCAAAAACUCCCGACCCUGCAACCCGCAACGCUGCUGCUGCUGCUGCUCUGAAGCGGAAAUCGCGCGUUCCAAAAUCCUGUUAUCCAUGCUACAGACGAAAAGUGAAAUGCGACCGACACUCGCCCUGCUCACUGUGUCUCAAGCGGGGAUACCCUCAUCUAUGCACCUUUGAUCACCCGGUAAAGGAUAGGAAUCCGCUAGAAUCGCCGCCGCCGAUGAUGAGUCGAGAAAGAAGUCAAAGUCAGGGCCUGGAGAAUAAAACAAAGUGUUGUGCUACAGCGACAACGAUAACAAAUACUAUCACGCAGUCGGGAAACGUCCUGGUGGAUACGCGAGAAUGGAGGACGAUCAAUAACAGACUGGCAGAGUUGAGCCAGGGUAUAAAGGCGCUGCGAUCACGGCUGGAAAUAUCAUCCUCGGGAGAACCCUCCCCAUCCUCGGAAGAAGAUAAUUCCCCAAAAAGAACCUGCAAUAUAGCAGAAGAAGGAGCGGGAGGAGUACGAAUGCACAACGUGCUCGGAGGAUCCUCAGUACACUGUGGAUCAGGAUCGGUUCUGGCAUUUCUACUCGAGCGGCCCGGAGCCUCCAUCUUUCGAGAAGACAGCGUGCUGUCCCAGCUAGGGCUAGAGAAUCAUUCAGCAACAUAUCCUUUUUUGGAUCUGUGGUCGUCCGAUAUCGCCUCGUAUAGCAACGAGUCGGUGUGUGCUGCACUUCCGGAGGACAGUAUUUGCUUAAGGUUGCUGCGGUCCUAUCGAGACGUUCGCAUGGCACUAUACCCCGUAAUAACAGACUUUGAUCGCUUUGAACAAGAUGUCCAGCUUCUCCUCAAGAGCAGGUCGCUGCCCACCAGCAUGAUGGCACAAUGUGGGUUCAACAUCGCAUUCGUGGGCAUGCUAUUUGCCGUGCUUGCAUCCGGUUGUCAAGUAUCCGACUUUGCGAAGCGUGAAAGAACGUCAAUGUGCCAAGUAUAUGUCUCUUGCGCAUACCAAUGUCUGCGGAAUAGUAACUUUAUUUCGCGCCCGACCAUGGAAAGCGUCCAGGCGCUGCUGAUAAUUGGAGACACUCUCUCGUAUGAAAUGAAUCCUGGGGUUGCCUAUGUGGCAUUUGGUCUCGCCCAGCGCAUGGCUUUAACCCUAGGUCUGCAUGCAGAAUCCGCUGUGUUCAAAGACCCCGGAGCAUACAGACGCCAACAACUCUGGUGGUCAAUGGCCUGGCAAGAUAGCCAUUUCGGGCUCUCCUACGACCGACCCGUUGAAACCCUGUCUCCUAACCCUCAAAUACCACGUCCAAAGGGCUCGCGUCCGGGAAUGCGAGGAUACUUUGAAACAAUGUGCUCCGUCAUCUCUCUAAUUCUACAGCUCCUCCGCGAUGAAAUUCUGCUGGGAAGCAACGUUGACGACGAGACUAUACCAGCCUACAAAUCGAAACUAGCCAAAAUCCUGGCCGAUGCUGAGCCGUAUCUGCAGAGCGAAGACUACUGCUUCACGCUAAAAGAUCACAUUGAACGAUUAUCGCUCAAGCUACGUUCGUCCUACUUAAUAUCGGAAAUCUGCCGGAGGUCUCUUAAACAAAAUACCACCAGCACAGUCGCCGGGGAUGUGACUGCGACAGCUCCGCGGCUGUGCCAUGAGUGCAUCGACAGUCUCAUCGACACAAUUGAGGCAUUCAUUGAACUGCACGAAAUCAUCCCGCAUGGCUCGCGCUCAUGGAUUCAUCUGCACAGCGCCAUCAGCUCGGCUUUUCUACUCUCCGUCGACGAAGGCGGGCAAUCAAACCCGAACGUAUGGUCGAUCCUCGAACGCCUAGAAAAAGUGCUCUGCGCUUUGACGACAACGACGUCGUCGUCUUUGGACACACCGGCGAAUCUGGUUUGUCACAGCCCCGUGUCGAAAAGGGCGUGGUCGCCGUCAGAUUUUUCUGCGGGUGGUGGAUACUUCUCGCAGGACAGUCCAGAGCCGGAUACUCUUUCCACAUUGUGUAAUCCGCAGACAUUGAUGUCCCCUGAUCUUCCAUUUGAUUCUUCCGAAUUGUUCAAGAUGGACUCCUCCUCGCCGAUGUCAUUCAAUACGAAUGCUGCUGCAAGUACCGGCCCUGAAUUUCUCACUGGAACAUUGACUAGUUUGCGUAAGAUUAUUGCUGGGUUUAAUAUUCGCAAGAUGGACAACGGGAACUCAAAAACUGAAAAGUCUGGAUCGUGCUGUGCGCGUCGAUGCGCACGCUGA